AUGGCUUGCUGCCCGACCGAAGAGAAAUAUGGCUACGAAGACUGUCGAUUUGAGAAAGAUGUCGACGAAAAUUUUCAUUGUUCUAUCUGCUACAAUGUUCUUAAAGAACCAAGGACGUGUAGGAAUAAUGAUCACAUCUUUUGUCUUGCCUGCAUCACUCAACAUCUAAAGGUGAACUCUCAAACUUGUCCUGAAUGUAAUGAGCAUUUGAACGUCGAUACGCUUCGUCGGCCGCGUGUGUUGAGCAAUUAUUUGUCUAAACUAAAGAUAAAUUGUGAUCAUGCCAGUCGGGGAUGCCCUGAGUUUACCUGUCUUGAAGAUCUCAAAACUCACGUGGUGAAUUGUGGCUAUGCACCUGUGUUGUGUUCAAAUGCAGAGUGUGGUAUGGAGAUUAACAAGCAAGAUAAGGUUCAUCAUGAGACUGAAGUUUGUGAUUAUAGAAAAGUGAAAUGUCAUGACUGUGGACAGAUACAGGAAGAUGUGGGAACAUUGAAAGGAAGUUUAAUGGAACUGGAUGGGAAAGUGGAAACAGCAGUUAAGGGAAUAAAGAAAUUGGACGAAAAAGUGGAAGCAUCAGUGAAGGAAACGAACGAAAAAGUGGAAGCAGCAGUGAAGCAAAUAAACGAGAAAGUGGAAGCAGCAAGUCGGCAAACGAAGAAGGAAAUCGGGGAAGUUAAGAAAGAAGUGAAAGAUAUGAAGGACAAUCUUUCCAAAGUGAACAAAGACGUGGACGAAGUCAAAGUCAUGAUGAUUCAAAUGUUGGAGAAAUUAAAUAUGCUUGAACUGCUGAACAAAUUGCCAUCUCCGACUGAGGGAAUGUUGAACACACCAAGAGAGGAUAUUUUGAUUGCAGGUGGAUAUGGAGGGUUUUUCAGUAGAUCUGGCGAAAGUACGGAAAUAUAUUCCUGGGAGAAAAAUGGUUGGUUUGAGGUGUCGCCAAUGAACAUCUAUCAUUACGAAGGUUCAUCAUUUAUCUAUAAAGAUCAGUUCUUUGUUGUCGGGGGACAUAGUAAGGUAAUAGAGACCUUGAAUCUCGAUGAAUUACCUUUGAAAUGGACGAAAUUUUUUUGGGAACCGCCUUAUGCAUGUGAUGAUCAUCAAACUGUUGUUUACCAGCAGAGUGUCAUUCACAUUGGUGGACAUAAUCAUGGCAAAGGAUGGUCUAACCUGAUUAGUGAAUUGCAACUUACUUCACCUUGCAUUAUGAAAGAGUUGUGCCAAAUGCCUCAACCACGAGGCUGUCAUGGCGCUGAAGUAUUUGAAGAUAAGGUACUGAUUUUAGGAGGAUUUUGCUUUGGUAAUAAGACUACGGACAGUGUAUUGGAGUUUGAUCCAAAAAGGAUUGAAUGUAAAGAGAUGCCAAAAUUACCGUUUACCUUGAAGAGAAUGGCGACAGUUUGCUGGAGGGAUGAAGUAGUUGUGCUUGGAGGUCGUGAUAAGGAUAACCAAGCUCUGAAUGAUGUUUUCAUGUACGACUCCAAGACAGGCAAGACCACAGCCUUACCAUCCAUGUUGGAGAAGAGAUGUGCAUUUUGUGCAGUUAUUACUGGAAAUACCAUUGUAGUGAUGGGAGGUGAGAAUGAGAAAGGUAACUAUCUCAGUUCAGUGGAGUGUUUUACAAUGGGAGGUUCUACAUGGGAGUAUCUUCCUGCCAUGAACAAUGCCAGGUCCCGAGCAGUUGCUGAAGUUUUACCUUCCACACGAAAAUAUGUGUAAAUUGGACAUUGAGACAAUCAUAUAAGACGUCAUAAUUAGGUUACGUUUUCGGGCACGAUCACAUGGUUCAGCUUUGUUGGGUUGAGAUAUGGGAUGAUUUUGAUGUAUUGAAAUAUUCCACGGUUUAUGAUUCCAAGAAAUUACAUCAAUUUCCCAAGAUAGUUUGCCAUGGAAUUGAUGCUGAACAACUAGCAAUUUACACUCAUAAUAAUUUCGUUAAUUCUAUUUCUAUUAGAAUAAUAUGAAAAUAAUUUCGUUAAACUACAGGUUUGAUCAAUUGCAUUCCAGCUCCUAAUAUUGUCGUUUGAUUCAACUUUAUAUACGUUGUGACUUAUGUCGAUACAUUAAAAUCAUCCUGCUUCAUCCUGAAUCACAUCUCAAUAACUAUAUAGUGAUUUUAUGUUAGUUGAGAUGUUAGUUAUAUAAAUUUUGAGAGCCUAAAAUUGACUUUAUAACAUUCGGCUGUGGUUUCGUUUAAAAAAAUUGAUUGAUUGUCCUAGAUUUUAUAAUUAUAGUAUAAAGUAGUCAUGACUUUAAGUUGUAAUAAAUAAAUAAAUAUUAAAAUUUUAUCUCUUAACUUUGAAAUAAAAGUAUACUGAAAAUUCUCCUGCUUUAUUCAACUCUGAGCAAACGAGAGAAAUAUUUUGAAUCUUGAAGACUGUUUUUCAAUUGAAAAAAGUGCACAAAUCCCCCUACCAGUAAGAUUCAAAAUAUCCCUCCAGAAAAACCAUGUCUUUUAAUAAUUUAAGUUUCACCAUCAAUCAUUUCGGAAUUACGGUGAAAUGCGCGCAGACAAUAGCAUGAGAACGAUGCGUCGUGCAAAGUUGUUAUGUUUCUGUAUUUGGCACGAACCCUCGACUUGAUCUUAUUGUUUUUCACAACCAGAGCGUAAUCUCCAAAUAGCCUAUUGUUGAACAAUCAGUUUGUUUUGAAUGAAAAUCAAAUCUAGUCUGUAAUAUCAAUCGAAAAUGUAUCUGGAGCUUUAAUUUCAUGUGAUUUAUAAACAACGAGAAAUGUUUUUUGUUCAUAAUAUUAAUAUAAUAUUUUUAUAUUAUAUUUUUAUUAAGUACUGUUUAAUAAACGAGCAGGAGUGCUUUAUCGGAUAUAAAAAGUAUUAUUGCACGCUGUGGUUACCAAGCCCCGGCGCGGUUCAUUGUUUGCUAAAAAGCGCGCGAGAAUCCAUAUAAAAAAAGCGUAAACAAAAUGGCUUUGCUUUCUCUCUAACUUUUGAAUAUAUAAUAAAACAAUUAUUGAAUUCGGUUUUCGUGUGAAAUAUCGAGAAUUAUCAAGGCCUAGGUUUGUGUUAUCCACCUCAGCCUUCGGCUUUGGCGGAAAACUCAAACCUCGGCCUUGACAAUUGUGGAUAUCAUACUCAACCUCAUUCAAUAAAAAUAUUAUGAAAAAUCGUAUCAGCAUUAUGACGUUACCCCGUUAAAUAUUAUCUCAGAGCUCCUUAUUUACUCGAACUAUUGAGUUGAUAUGUCGAUUUCACAGUUGGCUGUUAGCCAAUCAGAAACAAGUCAAACAACGAAUCUUUUGAAUACCUCCUUUAACCUCAAACACCUCCCAAAUAUAUUUUCCUUUAUUUCAGCUAUUAUCAAAGAUGUUUAUCCGCGCAAACCAUCCAUUGUGUCAAAAUACGCUCUACCAGUGAUGUGGAAACUUCUCGAGUCUUCGAGCAGUGCAUCGACUGGCAGUGGAAAUAUGAAGGAAGCCGUUCACGGUUUGGCUAACCUACUUUAUUCUUUAAUGGGACAAUCUCUGUUUGAGCAGGCUCAAGCAAAGUCGCACAGAUUACGACAAAAGCUCAAAGAGCUAUUGGAUCAAUGA